AUGUCCGGAGAUAGUUCAACUACUAAAAAAAUUUCGCGCACCAAGCUGCAGACGAAGAUAUUGCAGCAGGAAUUGGAGAAAUUAAUAGAUGAAGGUAGGAAUUUGAUUUGCCCAAGUGCUAGGGCGAAUGCAGACGAGGAGGCCGCCUGUAGACCACCGGCAGCUUCUUCAGGAUCUUCUGAAAAUAAAGUACAAAUUUUGAAAUCGUAUGAUAAACAUUCCGUUCACAUUCCAUCUACAAAAGUCGAAGAUAAAUCCCCGUCCCCCAAAAAAGAAAGAAGGUACAAUGUUGAAGAUGCCAGGGAGUUUAUAAAAAAGCAGAAAGAAAAGUCUCAGGUUAGGAAACAAAUAGAAACCUUGGAAGAAAACAGAGUGAAAGAGUUGAAAAAGCAGAAAUUAGACGAUUUGGCUAGAAGGAGCAGGGAUAUUAUAAAGAAAAACGUCGAACUGAGAGAGAAACGCGCAAAGUCAAAGGACCCAAGCGAGUAUGUAAGACCGAGCGAUACAAAUUUAAAGAGAUCUAAAUCAUUGAAUAAAAUCAAUACCUCUCCUAAAAAAACUACUUUAGAAAUCCCUAAAAAAAUUGUGAUUCUAAAAAGUAACUGCACAAAAACUGUUACUGAAAAAGUGAAAUCUGCUAACAAAAAUUCUCCAAAACCCCUUACACCUAAAGUCGCAUUUAAAUCCUCCGAAGAAAUCUACUCUAACGAAAUCCUAACCUCCCCAAAAUCAUCUAAUGAAAAAUGCAAACACUCCUCUCAUAAUUUGAAUUCCUAUAAACUGAACAUUCCAUUAAAUGUACCUGAUCUAGAAACCGUUGAGAAGCCAAAUCCUAUCAUCAUCGAUUCACCAAACAAUCCUCCUGUGCAAACAGUUCAAUUGGAAGAACCUUUUAAAACAGAACCACCACGCAUUCUCAUCACUACCGAUCAUGAUUUAAAAAAAUGCAACGCGGAAAUUCGAACUGAAGCAACCGGCAAAAUUUUUCCGAAAUGGCUGGAGGAGCAACCGCCUUUAGCACACCCCUUCAACUUCAUGAAUACGGUGAAGAGAAAAUUACAGUUUGCAGCCAAUCAAAAAACAACCAUGGACAAAUGCGUGCAGAGUUCCGUUCUGGAGCAACAGAUGAAUUUGCGCACUCGAUCGAUCGAAAACCUCGAACUGCUCUCUUCCCGCGAUUACCAGGAAAUCAACACCCUGUUCAGAAAUUCGAAACCGCCGGUGUCCACAGAAAUAGAAAGCGAGUCCGAUACAUCCAAAAACAUCCCCGAAAUAUCCAGCGAGAGCGGCACCUCUUUGAAAAAGAACGCCGAAUUCGUAAAAAGAGGCUUGGUUUUGAACAAAAAUGUUCCUAUCAAUACCGACAAAAUCGAUAGCAUGAAGUUAGUGCCGAACAUCGUAACCGAUACAGUUACAAUUAAAAACAAACCUGAUUCCAUAAAAACGAAUAAUCUCCUGUCGCCAUGUAUCUACUCAAACGAUUUCGAAAGCGAUGUACAUAUAACCCCCGACAAAUUGGAUAGAAGCAGAAGAUCGAUAAUCAGCUCCAAUAAAUCCGAAUACGACUUGAUGAUAGUGAGUCCUGAAUUCGUUAAAACCAAUUCCACCACCAAAUCCGAUAACAUACCUACCAGUAACGCAAUAAACACUAACUUAGACAUCAGCGCUAUUAAAUACAGCUCAUCGGAUGAUAAAAGCAACGCCGAUUCCCACAAAUUAUCUCGUUCCAAACAAACUGUGAGCGAUCCACAACUGCCCACUGCGAGCAUAUCAAAAAGCGAGCAAUGUUUUCAAUACGUUAAUACCACCAGAGGCUCGAGUAGUUUCGAUAACUCCAGAAAAACUCGAACCGAUCAGGCUUCUACGGGCCACUGCGAAACGGCCGCUUCGAAGAGCGAAUUAAGUUUGCAAUACGUUAACACGAAAAGAGGUUUGGGUUCGAGCAAUCGAACUUCCGCAAUUUCCACGCGUAAUUCUGACGAUGAGAAGAAUUCACAAAAUAAGCUCGAGGUUCUACAUACAGUCGAUACGAAGAGUAACCCUCGAACAGACGCCUCUAUUGUAUCUCGAAUUAGUAGUGCACGAAACGUUAACACCCAAAGAAGCGUUUUAAUUUCACAAAGCGAUAACGGAAACUCCAAAAAAAUAGUUAUCAAAUCCGAUGUACCUGCAGUCAUACAAACAGUUUCGAAAGAAGCCAAUCAAGUGCACCUGAAGUUCGAAGCGGAAAUCCACCUGAUAAACGACUUUAAUAACUCCCUGAAGAAGAUAUCCGAAGUCGAAGAGGACCUGAAGACUUUAAAGACUAAAAACUUCACAUCGACCCAUGUUAUUCAGAAUAAGAGUUGCACAUCGAUCGAAAGCGGCUCGAAGAGCUCCAAAAUAUCCGAAAAUGUACUCAGCGCUCGCACCAAAAAUUCGAACGUGUGCUAUUCCAGAGGCUCCUUCAUGGAUAAAUAUUUGAACGAUAUGAACAUUCUAUCGAAUACUGCGCUCGAUUUGGAAAACAGCGUAGUUUCAACUACUAUCCAACAGAAUAUUGAAGGCGAUGAAAAUUUGCCCGUUAAUAUCGCUGGAGUAUCCGUUAAUAUGUUCGAUCAGAUCAUUAAGGACGAAGAUGCUCGUUUGGAAAACCUGAAAACCGUGCUAAAAAUCAGAGAAAAGGCUCUACUAGAUCGCACCAAAGGCGAACUAGCUUGGCUGGAAAUACAAAGGAAGCAUUUCAAAGAAACCGGCCAAUUCCAAGAGGCUUCCGCCAUAAAGAAGAAGCAAAGGUGCAUCUUAUUGAAUCACCAGAAAGAGCAGCACGAAAUGCAGAGGCUCAAGCAAAUGCAGCAGGCGGCAUCUAUCGAACGAAAAAUGGGCCUUAAAGAACAAAGGAACUUGAUAAGGCAGCAAUUAUCCACCAACAACAUGCUGAAAAUGAAAGUGAGCAGCUCGAGGGGGAAACACCGAUCCGGCCCUUUGAAAGUAGUACAAAGUCACACCGAAUCGGUACGGACGGAAACGUCGAUUUCCCUGAGAAAUUCCAGCGACAACGACAAAGACAUGUUCAGUUUUACGUCGCACAAUUCCGUCGUAUCGGAAAUUUCGGAAAUUGAAAUUUCAACCAAGGAAAUCGUGCCCGACAAGCGUCAAGUUUACAUCAAAAAGAAGUUGUUGUUGCGCGAAGAGGAGCUGAAGAAGCGCCGGAAAGCCGCCGAGGAUCUCCUAGAAUGGCACAAGAAACUCUUGGAGGAAGAAAAGAGAAUAGCGAUAUUGGAGUCCAUAGCGAGCGCGAUAAUUUCGCAAAAGCCCGGCGCGUCCGCGUCGUCGGAUAAGAUCGAUUUCAAAGGCGAGGAACUCAACCAGCUGUGGUCCAACCUGUCCGAUUCAAAAACCAACAAGUUCGCCGAUGACAAGGUGUAUCCCAUGUCGAAGGUGGCGCUGGAGCGGUUCUGCACGAGCGCCCACGAGUACAGCAAGAGGAAGAAGAAGAGCGUCGAGCUCGCGAAGCACUCCGAUAAGGAGUACCAUUCGGAUUUCGAGAGCGAGUCGGGUAGUUCGCGGGCGGAGGUGCAUGAUCAAAGCAUCGAUAUUUUGAUCAACAAUUUCAGUAAGAUUCAGGAUGAUAUAUGUAACCUCAGCACCAUCCAAUCUGUUAAAUCCGAUACUCCUACUGAAGAAUCUUUCCCGUCGGUCAUCGAAACCGACGUGAAAAACACCGAAAAAUCUGAAGAAGCUAAGGAAAACCUCGAAGAAAACACGGAAGAAUCUGAUGCAUCCAUAUCGACUGCUUCAGCUUCCAUUCCAGUGAACAAGAAUAAAAAUUCAUCAGCUGAAGAGCAUUUAUCAGCAAUAUUACCUCUAGAAAAAUCAGUUUCAAUCGAAGAGAACCUAGAACAAAGCGAAGAAGACGUUCCAAAAACUACCUCGUCAACCAAAGAACCAACUGGAUCGGCCAAUAUUCAAACAUCUCUCUCGAAAUCUGCAAUCGACGAGAAAACUGAAGACGACGACAAGACUUCAAUUACAAACGAAACUAAAGAGAGCCUCAAUAAGUCGCAGGAAAUCCUCGAGAUAUUGGGCGAGCACGAGAUAAAAGCUAACAGCUCGGGCGAUGAGGUUUCCAAAGACCAAUUGAAGGACAGUUUGAAUGCUUCGAAGGAAAUUUUAUCGCAUUUGAGCGUCGAGGCUGCCGCCAAUGAGGACCUCAAGAGCGAAUCUUUCCUGCAAUUACAAGACAUCUGCAAAACCGAAGAACAGCUAAACCUGUCGAAUACCUCCGAUGUGUUUUCUCGCAUUUCCUUCGAGUCUCAGGUAGAUGAAAUAUUAGAAGACCAGGCCGAUGAAAUCGUUCCGGAAAGUACAGAAGCUCCGAUUGCAAUACCUGGAAAGAGCAGCGAAGAAUCCAGCGUUAUUUCUUCGAGAACUGGUGAAGAUGCAGCAAAAGAGCCUAGUGGAGAUGUUAAUUUGAAUAUAGCUGAUGAUUUGGAAGAUGCAUCUUCAAAAAUUAGUGAACGCCUAAUUGAAGAAGCCAGUAAAGAUGAUGAACAAAUAGAAUUCGAAAAACUGGAAGAAAUUUCCUCAAAAAUUUCUGAUUUAGAACUAAAAUCUGAUAUAAACGAAGAAAUUUCUAACAAUGUUGAUUCUACCAAAGUUAGCGAUGAUAUCAAAGAAAGUAUUAUUGAAGAUGCCCACAGUGUUGCGUCAAAAAUUACUCAAGAAUUAGAACCGACAAGCAAUAGUAAUCUAGAAAUAAAAUCUAUAAUUGUUGGUGAAGGAUUAAGUGAAAAUAACAGCGAAGUGCCUGCUGAAACCGGCGAAAAAUCUAUCGAAUCUAGUAAAGUGAGUGAAGAAAUUAACAAAGAAGCUACUAACAUCAACGAAGAACUCACGAAAGAUGAAGCAAUAGAGGAUCUAGAAGAAGCAAUAGGUAAUGAAGAUCUAGAAGAACCAUCUUUACAAAUAAGCGAGCAUUUGGAUGAAAAAUCUGCCAAAAUCGGCGUCGAUUCCAUCUCACAAAGUACCGAAGAGUCACCAGCAGUCGAAGAAGCCUCCGCUACGUCCCGUCGCAUAAGUUCCGCGAGCAGGGAGAUCGAAGAAGAGCUGAAACUGAAAAUCGACGACAGCAGCACGAUUCGAACGUUUAUAAACAAUUUGGUAGCCUCCGCGGCGGAAAUCCGCGAGACCCCGGUAAACAUCGACGAAGCCGAUGACAGCAAACUGGCGUCCUCGGAUAAAUCCAACGAAUCCUUCGUCAUCAACGACAUAAACGACGACGAUUUGCACGCCAAAGAAACGCCCAGAGACGAAACCAACGAUUCCAGUUCGAUAGCGGAGGACGUCGAAGAAGAAUCCAGCAAAAUCACGUCGCAUUUCAGCUACGGCGUGCUCCAGAAGUCGCCCGAUAGAGAGGUUUCCGAUUCAUUCGAAACGGAUGUCUCGGCCAGCAAGGAGGACGAGAUUUUCGAAGAAAAAGAACACGACUCGUUGUCUUCUGUUAACGGAGGUUCCUCAGCGGAGGCACUUAAUUUGGAGGAGCAAUCGGUGUCUUCUAAAUCUGAUGAGGCUUUAAUCAAAAGCAAAACUCCUACUGUUGACGUUAAAACGAGAGUGUCUGAAAUUUUGGCAGAAACCAGCGUGUAUAAAGGCGAUAAGAGCCCCAGGUUGCAGGAAUUGUACGUUACUACCUAUGAUGUGAUAUCACCAGCAAGCUCUCCGGAGAAAGAAGCAAGUCCAAAAGAUGAUCACCGGCUAUCUAGUAUAUUCGAUAGCGAAGCGAAAGAGAUACUCAGGAAACAAUUAGCCGUAGAAGAGGAGAUCAAAGCGAUUACUGAACAACAACAGAAAGAGCAACAACUUCCUCUGUUGUAUCUGCGAGAAAUUCCCAACAAACCGCCGCCCCCGUACACUCCUCCUACCAGCCAAGCGCAAGAACCGGCCCUAUCGAUAAUACCGACUUGCGAUCAAUUAGAGGAAAUCUCUUCGUUCUCCGCGAAGAUCCUCCACAAAGGCUACCUGGCGCACAAUCUCGCGAACGUCGCCAUCUCCAACAACGUGCUCAGCCUGAUAACCGAGUACAUACCGAAGGACCGGUACAAGUUCGUCUUCGAUCUCUGCAAGGAGAUAGCCUGCGAGCAUUACGCUCAAUUCAAGGAGGACAAUCCGUCGUUCGGGUCGGGCGUGAGGCGGCCGUUGGAUGCCGAGGGCCUGCAGGCGCACAUGCUGGGCAAGUUGAAGGAGGUGUUCGGGUACAAGAAGACCGAUCGUCGGGACAACGCCGUCAUCAAGUGGAGCAGAAAGAAGCGCGACCACGUCGACGAAGUGCUGGUUACGGAAUGCCAGCGCGAGGAGCCCCAAUGGAUCAACUACCAGAAGGACGAGUUGCUGGUGAAGGAGCAAAUUGCUAAUGAUAUUUUCGAAGGGUUGCUGAGGGAUACCGCGAACGUUUUUAAAGGUAUCUUUUCGAAAUUGAAUUCUUAG